AUGAGCCAAGAAAUUGACGCGUGUUGCAAUAAGGUCAUCCAGGCUGGCCUUAUCCAUGGCGCUAUCUUUUGUGCAAUUAAUGCUGCUGGAGAUUUUACAUACAGCAGAGCCCUCGCCCCGGAGCUCGCUGGCAAGGAAGUCAUCACUGGCCACUCAAAGUUCGCCGAUGGCCAAAAGCCGAUUAUGGAGCUACGAAGAGGGCCUAUCACACUCGAAAUGCUUCUUACCCAUAGCUCGGGUGUGGUGUUUGACGUACUAAACGAGCACAUUGGCCGUUGGCGUCGCACCUUUGCACCGCAAGACCCGAACUCUCAGCUUACAGUGGAAGAAACGUAUACUUACCCUCUUGGCUUCCAGCCUGAACAGGGCUGGAUGUGGGGGCCUGGCAUGGACUGGGCUGGUCGCAUUGUGGAAAAGCUAACGAGCCGGACACUUGGUGAUUUCGUGCAGGAGCGCAUUUUUACGCCGUUGGGUUUUAAAGAUGCAGAAUUCUACCCUGUCCGACGCCAAGACCUACAGCAGAGACAGGUAGAUUGCCACCCUGAAGAUCCAGAGGGGUAUGGGAAAGCAGCACUAGGCGGAGAAGGCAAUAAGGGCACCAAGGGGGACUUCGGUAGCCAGGGUUUGUUUAUGACGGCGCCGGAUUUUGUCAAGGUGCUGCGCUCCCUGCUAGUAAACGACGAGAAGCUGCUGAAGCGAGCGACUGUGGACGACAUGUUCAAAAACCACCUUAACACUAAAUCCGCCUCGGAACUCGACAGAACGCUAGCCGGCCCAUUAGGAGGCUUCUUCCGCCCAGAUCCUGAGAGCGAGUCCAGGACUGGCCAUGGCCUCGGAGGACUUGUGACGCUGGAGGAUAUUGAAAAUGGAUAUGGCGCGGGAACUUUGGCUUGGCCGGGGGGCAUGCCGGUUCUUUGGUUCAUUGACCGCAAAAAUGACCUAUGUGGAUUUGGUUCCGUGCAGGCCACUCUAGGCCCCGGCGGCACUUCAAGGGUGCCUAGUCUCAAGAUUGCGUUUCGCAAGGGCGUCUAUGCCGAAUAUGCUACUUGGAAAAAAUCGAAGGAAUGGGUAUAA